GUAAUUCACACAAAUGGUACAAAAAGACGGUUUCUUUGUUUGAUCAGCAAGAAAAACAACUUGACAAGUCCGUUUUGGAAAUUCAACUCGUGAAGUUACGUUGCUGUUGUCCAAAUUUCAAUACCAAUUUGAUGGUUUUUUUCCACCAAGGCGCUUGGUAAAACUCCUUUUGUACGAGGUACCUCGCUAAUGGGGCCUUAAAACCACAAACCACCAAUCACUUUGGAACAAAAACGCCAAAAGUUUACUACAAAGUAACCGCUAGUUUCUACCCUCGUCGAGACAGCAGAUGCAAACGGAACAAUACGCGACGCCUGUGAUUAUUUUGAAGGAGAGAAAGAGAAUGUUUAUUCUUCUAAACGGCUUCUAGUGUAGGCGUUUUACGCACAACACACUGGGAGGCGAGUAGAAAUAACCGUGUCUAGCUUCACAUUAAUCAAGGACUUGAUUUUAAUUCACUUAAUUGAGACAUAAACCAGAGAAGGAACCGCUCUCUAGCCGAAAGGCUAAUAGAUUGCACGAAACCUACAAAUACGGUUGAAAGAAAUUGAUCCCCUGAGUGGGAGAACUUCACGUCAGCAGAUGCCACUUCGUGAAAAAAUUUCAAAACCUGCUAUUUGCCAGAUCGAAUUCCUCGUUUCAUCAGCUUCGCAGUACUGUAAACCAUCUUGAGGUCGAGGACAAGAGUCACAGACUAUUGUUCCUGUUGAUGUUUAUGUCAUUUUUACUUCUCUUGGACACGUUUUGGCUGAAAAAGGCACAUUUGUCAAUUAGAUCCGAGAAAUAAUUAAAACACGAGAAUCUUUAGUGUUUUGGGACUGCCAUAGAGUAGAGCAGGCUAAAAACUGAAAAAAUUGCUGUGCUUCUUUAUAAACAAAGCCAUAACAGUGAAAACCUACGGAUUAACAGCAACGGGAAAGAACUGGGACGAAGGACAUUGCGUGAUUGAAGCAAAAUACCCGUUUCAUCAACUGCAAAGCCGCAACUGCAUCGAGUAAAUCGACACCUUGGUUGAAUUUAUAUACUUUAUUCAGUUCAGCUUGCAUUGGAUCCCGAAACAAGGAUGAUGGAAUUGGAAAAAAACAACUCAAACCUCCCUUCCAGUACAGUGCAAUCUGCGGCCGCCCAAGAUACCGAACUGGAAACAUAUUUUGACCCAACAUAUGAUGGUGCACUGAUAAUUCUGAGCGUGAUGAUAAUUGCCAUAAAUUUGCUGGUGAUUUCGCUGUUCUUUUACAGGGAAUAUCUACAAACAAAAACGAACAGCUUGCUCAUCAGUCUCGCCGUGUCCGAUCUGUUGGUUGGCUUGCUAGGAAUUCCUCUCUUUAUCGCCUGUAAUGCGGUUUUAAAAGCUGGAGUUUGUACAGCAGGUGUGCUGAUCUACCGCUUUAUAGCAGUCUCCACCAUGUACCACAUCCUUGUGGUGACUUUAGAAAGGUACAUCUAUGUAAUGUAUCCAAUGAAGUACAUUAAUAUCGUGACGGCACCGCGGCUUCUCAAAGCUAUAGCUGGCGUUUGGUUGUUCUCAAUGUUCGUCUCGCUUAUCCAGUUGACCUGGGAAGAUCCAACACGAUUCUUCAAACCUCGCGAUUCGACCUCUCAACAGUACGCACUGGCAUACAACAUCGUUGGAAUUGUGUUCUGUUUUUUUCUGCCAGCUCUGUUCAUGGCCAUCAGCUACGUGAGCAUGUUCAUGGUGAUCCACCGCCAGAUAAAGGAGAUCCGUGGCCUGUACAACACGCGUGCUACGAGCGCGAACAGCCAACGUGCCCCAAUUGCUACAGAAGCGCGAGCCCUGAUCAUCUUUGUGGCGAUGCUCUCUAUUUUCAUAAUUUGCUGGCUGUCGUUUUAUGUCACGGGCUUUUUCAUUCUUCUCCCAGGGCUGAACAUGGAGGCAAUGCCUCAGGAGCCAUUUAUGGCCGUUGACUUUAUUCGUUUUUCUGUGUCGCUCGUAAAUCCCAUUUUAUACGCGUUUCUCAAGCGAGAUUUUUCCAGAGCACUAAGAUCCCUAUGCAAGAGGGAUGGCGUACAACCAGGGGAGCUUGCCUCGUCCUCGUCUACAUCGCGUUUUCGCACACUCACCAUCAAUUUCUCUCUUUCAAGGUCCUCCGAGAUGUAUAGAGACUAAAAUAUCGCCUGUUCGUCUCCAUGGGAAAUUUCAAACUCAACUAAACGAUUUAAAAGGAGACAUCGGAAAUUCAGAAAAUGCUAUACUCAGUAUGGAAGCGGAAAAAACCGAAAGCUAAGAAAGGAAAAUUGGAGAAAAAAGUUUCAUUCUAAAGGGGAACACAUCGAAUUUAAACAAAGCAAACUGAAGAAGAUUUCAAGGCUUGAAAUGAUAGUGAUAUGGACGUCAGGUUUCUUGGUUGGUUACGAACUAAGCGUAACAAAUAAGUUAAUGUGUGUUGCACAUUUUAUUUUGUUUCAUUUUCCUUUCUUAGUGGGGUGAGGAGGAAAUUUUAACCUUCAGGUUGCGUCUGCUAAGGCCCUAGGGUUAUUGGGUAGCAAACUUAAACCGCCAAAAGACAAUUCUUGCAGAUUAUUAACGGUCAUAAAAAAUUGAUUUAUGCUUCUUCAUCUAGAUAUAAAUCAUGCAAUUUAAAGGCCUGAUGGAAAGCUAUUUCAUCCGCUCGCCAGGUUCAAAGAGGUCAAAACUGCAACUAACGUUAUUAUUAAUUGAUGGAGUUUAUAUCUUACUGUUAAAAAGCACAUUGGGGCAGGAAUGUUAUGGCGCCCCGAUAUUUUCCGCUUUGUGAAAUGUUCCAUCCAUAACUUGGUCUAUCAGAAAACAAAUUAAAAAACAGAUGCGAAUUUAAGUUUUUUAUUUCUGCGUUGAAAGUAUAUGUAAAAUCCACAACAAAAACCACAAUUUGUUUCCUUCCGCACUAGGUAGGUUAUUGAUUGCUACGGCAAUUUUUCGGUAAAAGUUUAGAACCAAUGCAGAUAGAUUCGUGUUGAAAACUGAUUCUUUGCAAACGUGUCAGUUAAUUCCGGUUUCAUUGUGCAAGGAUAAACUUUGUUUUCCUUCGGGGAUAAAAGUGACUUGUUUGCGCUGUAAAGACGAGAUUAUCUUUCGGAUAUGAAGUUAAUUUUCUAUGUUUUCCGGGAGAUUACCGAAAUCAAUCCGACUGAAAUACACGAGACACGACUAUGCUUGCCUACUUCUAUAGACUUUCAAAAGUGGAUAAUCUUGAAGCAUAUUCCAGUUCGGUAUUUAACUUGUUUCUCACCCGAAUCACUUCUAAGGGAUUAACAAAACUUAUUUAUUGAAAAGUCUUGCAGCUGUUUCAAUAGUCUUUGAUGAUAUUUUAAUUACAAGGCGUAGCGUAAAGGAAAAACAAAACAAUGUUAAACUCCUUUUAAUGCUUGUUCGGCGAUGGCAGCUGUUUAUGUACUUUACUGGUUUUUAGAUUUGAACUGUUUGCCGCGAGUUUAGGGUAAAUACCGGAUUUUCACCGACAAGAAUAUGAUUAAAAACCACUCGUAAUGCCUUGCUUUAAAUAAGAAUGAAAACCCAAUAUCUUUUCAUUAAACUUUUCUAGUGGAUUCUUAAGAAAGGAUGCGUACAUCCUUUAGGAAGAUUUCUCUUGAUAAAUAUUCCUUUCUGUUUUUUUAUCUUUCUAUUGAACGAAGGGAAAUUUAACAACACUUCCGCAGUGACAAUUUGCAUAAUAUUUAGAGAGAAACAAUACGCACUGAUUAAAAUUAAGUUGCACAAUCUUCAAGGACUUCUAUUCCUAACAAAGGUUCCUCUUUGUGAUCUAGCACGUUCAAGUGUAAAUCAGAUUAUUUUAAAAUCUGGGGUUGGAUGAAAAAUUGGUAAACGCCCAAUAACACUUCAGUUGAAAUUGCUUCAGCUAGUAUAUAUUUAUCCCACCGAUGCAACUUUUUCUUCAGUGAUGACAAUCAUAGUAGGUAAUAUUUCUUGAAGACUAAGGUUGUUGUUUUAAAUACAUAAUUUAAAUUGUAAAAGUACAAUGGCUUAGAUGUAAGGCUAGCUGUCCAGCAUUUCAAUAGCUCGUUGAAAAUUUCUUGUCGUCUUAAUUGUUAAUUUCGCACACGUCAGUAUUAAAUUUUCGUCUUCUGUACAAAAAAGCAAUACCACAGUUAAAGCGGGUUUUGAAACUCAGUUUUAAUGGCUUGCAUUGACGAGAAUUCAUGUAAAAUAAAAUAUUUCUGUCAAUCUAAAUAUAACCACGUACGGCAGUAGCGAAAUUUGCAAGUUUGCAAAGUCUAUUUUAAGCAGGAUAAUGUAGAUGUAAUUUCCCUUUGAUGCAUUGUACAUUAAAUAAAUUCAUGUCAUCACUGCUGAGUGAAGUGUGUACUUAAUUACUGGUGGAAUCACCGCACAACUUCUCUGACCAACACAAAAGGGCUUUUAAUUAAUACCUGAAAUCCUUAAUGAAAAACGAAAUUGCUGAAAUGAAGGAAAACAAUGGUCGCUCAAUAUUUACUAACAUUCAAAGGAAAACAUCAAAAGAAAAAUGAAUGAUAAUGAUUAAGGUUUCCUUGAGAACUAUUGCAAGUCUCAACCUGAUUCUGAUUCGAAAACGAAGUCAAAGAUGCGAGACAGGAAAUGACGUGUGUGCAGGGUAAAACACUUCCGCAAAGCAACUGUCAACAGCCAUUCGUGUCUAAUACCACGGAUGGUUUCCGAGUCGUCUAAUGUACUCACGAGCCGUACGAUCUGUUCGAAUCUCCUAACCGUGAAAAAAGGAUGAGUUAACGCUCAAUUUCCGAAAAAAUCCUAAUUCAAUUAAAAAAAAAAAA